AUGACAUAUUGUGACAAACAAUGUGGUGAUCAUGAAUUCAGAUUGCUGAAUGUGUUUAGAUUGAGAUAUAAUAUAUACGACUCACUACAUCAGAAUGAAUACUUGGUGACACUAGAGGUUUCAGUUUGUUGGGAAAGUUACAAACCAUGUGCCUGGACUACUUACAUACUAAAGAAUACACGACUUCCUAAACAACCAAGAAAUUUACAGAAUGAUUUCAGAGUUGCUGAUUUUGACUUUUUGGAUUGGACUUCUGAGAGAAGUAUUGAUUCUAGAAAUUUAAGUAGCCUUGAUCUUCUGAGAUUGUAUAAUGAUUUAGACAUUGAGAGUUAUUUCUCAAAUGAAUGUGAAAACAGCACAGUGCACUCAGACAGCUGGAACUCUGAAUGUCUGGCAUCUAUAAGUUUACCAGUACUACCACCAACAACAAAAUGUCAUCUGUUUAACUCUUGUACUUUCAUCAGCUGUUGUGUUGAAGUUCCAGUCCUUCAGAGAUCAUUUAACAUGUUUAUGAAUUUGGAUGCUUGUAACCUAAAGUUGACAGUUGGAAUAGAAAAACUGUUGUUUGAACAGAUGCUUUCCAGCUAUCAGUGGGGAACAAAGAAGUCAUUUUGGCUAAAUGGAAUCUUGAGAAUUAGCUAUCAAGUACAUAAUUUACAGUAUGCUAAGAAGUAUAGAUUAUCAGUGUUGCUUGAAGUAUGUAUGUCAUCAAAAAAACCAUGUGUUCAGAAUAUAACAGUACUUGACAAUGUAGACAUGCUCAAAGAAGAAUGUGAUUGGAGACAAAACUAUACAAUACCAAGCUUUUCAUACAGUGACUGGAGAAUCUCCAAGCUUAAUCACUAUGAUUAUUCUGAACAAGAGCUUAUUCUACACCUCAUUGACGAAACUAGAAUAGGACUUUACAUGGAACAGAGUUCAUGUCCAAAACACUUUGUGGAUAAUAUUUUACUGUCAGACUGUCCAAAGAUUACAAGCAUAGACCCAUUGGAUGGACCUGUUAGAUGCUACAACAAUGGUCAUUGUAGUUCUGUAGACUGUUGUGUCUAUGAUGAAAAGAUACUGACCAGCCUCAAUGUAUUCAUCAAUAUUGAUUCUUGUAAUGAUGUUAUAGAUGGUGGAAUUGAAAAGUAUAAAUUUUCAAAAUCUCUUCUUGAAUUUGAUUGGAAAGCAGAGCAUGAAAUUUAUCUUGGUGGAAUUUAUCAACUUCAUUUUCAACUUGAAGAAUUACCUGGAAGUAACAACUAUAUUAUCAGUAUGGAAAUAAGCAUAUGUUGGUAUUAUGAAGCAGCAUGUGAUUAUAGGAUUACAGUCCUCGAAAACAAUAUUUUAGCAAAAGAAAAUUGUGACUGGAAAAGGCCAUUCCUUAAACCAGGUAUUUGA